ACGUCUGGCAACGCAGCUUCCGGGUAUGACGACAGAGAGAUUUCCGUCAAUCGUCACUUGUAUUCCUAAAAUACUGUUCAUACAUAUUUGUAUUUAAAUGUAUUUUUUCUGUCCUUUUAUUGUUUGCUAAAAAUUAAUAUCCUUCCUGAUCCCAGCCUGGUCCUAAGGAUGCACGUUUAGCGUCACACGGCGUGUGCUUGCUAGUUUUCUAGGUCACAGCAUGUGGAGAAGCACAGUAGUCAAGUCGUUUUCAUGGCGAUUUGACGGACUCCAGAUAAUCAACAGAUUCCAUGGAUCCUGCAGCACAGGUGCAGUUGACAAGACGUGGGUCCUGCCCACGGGAUUUGACACUGGUUUGAAGACGUUCAACAGCCUCACCAAACGAAAAGAGCCUCUGAUUCUGGCUCGGGAGGGAGUUGCCUCUUGGUACAGCUGUGGACCCACCGUGUAUGACCACGCACACCUGGGUCAUGCGUGUUCAUACGUCAGGUUUGAUGUGCUGCAGAGGAUUUUGUCCAAGGUGUUUGGCAUCACGGUCAUCCAUGCCAUGGUAAUCACAGAUAUUGAUGACAAAAUCAUCACACGAGGAUGGGAGGAGAAAAUCUCUCCCACUAUCAUAGCCAGAAUGUAUGAAGAGGAAUUUAAGAAGGAUAUGAUCUCUUUGAAGGUGAUUCCUCCUGCAGCGUAUUUAAGAGUCACUGAGAAUGUACCGCAAAUUGUUGCGUUCAUCCAGAGGAUUAUCGAGCACGGAAAAGCUUAUGCCACAAAAGAAGGCGACGUGUACUUUGAUAUCCAGUCCAUUGGGCGACGCUACGGCAAGUUUGGAGGAGCACUGGAUUCUCAGGAAGGGGUUGGCAGCUCCAGUAAAAAAGAUGUGCGGGAUUUUGCUUUGUGGAAGCGAGCCAAACCACACGAACCGUACUGGGAAUCUCCAUGGGGCCCAGGAAGACCAGGGUGGCAUAUUGAAUGUUCUACCGUAGCAAGCUCAGUGUUUGGGAGUCAGCUGGAUAUCCACUCAGGAGGUGUGGACCUGGCUUUUCCUCACCAUGAAAAUGAGGUGGCGCAGAGCGAAGCCUAUCAUCAGUGUGACCAGUGGUCCAAUUACUUUUUGCACUCAGGACAUUUACAUCUCAAAGGCGAUGCAACGAAAAUGUCAAAAUCUCUGAAGAAUUACAUCACAAUCAAGGACUUUCUGCAGUCACACUCGGCCAAUGAGUUCCGGAUGUUCUGCCUCUUGACCAAAUACAGAUCAGCUAUUGAUUACAGCGAGAACAGCAUGUCGGAGGCUCAAGUCUCAUUGGCAACAGUCUCCACCUUCUGCAAUGACGCUCAAGCCUACAUAAAGGGCCAGCUGCAGUGUUUGCCGGUGAAAGAUGCCGUACUUUGGGAGAGGUUGGAUCAGACAAAAGCUCGCGUGACAACAGCUCUGGCUGAUGACUUUGACACCCCUCAAGCCAUUAGUGCCAUCAUGGAUUUGGUUCACCAUGCAAACUGCCAGCUACAGCCUGUUUGCUCUUCGACUGGGGCUGUUCGAAGUCCAGCGGUGUUUGGAGCCAUUGCAGCCUACAUCAGAGACAUCUUUGACGUGUUUGGAAUUGAACCAUCAAACGUCAAGGAGGCCGAGGCAAUGACCCACGCUGGAAGCCUCCAGGCUGUCGUCGAUCAGCUGACUCAGUUCAGAAGUGAAGUCAGAGCAUUUGCACUUGCCCGUCAAACAGCUACUUCCAAGAAAACAGAACUUUAUCCAGACAGAAUCCCGCUUCUUAAAGCCAGUGACGAUUUAAGGAAUAACCUGGCACCUUUUGGCGUGCUUAUAAAGGAUCGAGGGGCCACUUCCACGUGGGAACUAACUACGAAAAAAGAGUCACAGAAUGAAAUCCAGACACCCACCGAAAAUGUGGCCUGAAUUGACUCAAGUAAUGUCAUUAAAAAAUACAAUAUUCUGAUAUUAA